GUCUCAUUCGGAGACGCAUUUCGCGGAGACGCAUUAUCUUCAUUUGUUCAGGUCUACAUGUGUUUUUGUUGGUGCGUUAUAAAUUAUAAUUUAUAUUUUAAAGCUUAUUUUACGAGUUAUGAUUUAAGAAAGCUCAACUGUUGAUGUCAAAAUAUUAAUUCUAUUGUAGUUACAUUCCACAUAUUCUUAAUGGCUGAGUUAGAAGAUGAUGUAAAAAUAAUGCCGUCCGAAUUGGAUAGAACUUUUGUUUUUGAAGACGAAGGACAUACUCUUGGCUCAUUGCUCACAUACGUUUUAGAAAGUUUUCCAGAAACAGAUUUUUGUGCUUAUUCAAUUAGACACCCAUCCGAAAAUAGGAUUUAUGUGCGAUUAAAAGUAAGACCCGGUAAUAGCGUUGAAGAUGUCUUCAAGAAAGGUAUUGAUGAAUUGAACAAAAUGUUCAGCCAUGUAAAAAAAACUUUCAAAAAAGCUGUGACUACCUUUGAAAGUACUUCUAUAAAACCAGAAUAAACUAAGAACUGUAAUUAUGUAUUGUUUUAGUAAUCAUGUGAAUAAAAAUGUAUAUGUUUGAA